UGACUUCUUCACCAGCAUCAUGAACAUCAUGAAGGUGGUUCUUGCCCUGACUCUGGUGGUCGCCGCUGUGGCUGCCCCGUCCGGUCCCCGUUAUGGCUUCAAUCCCAGCCCUUCCUUCAACCCCGGCCCUUCCUUCAACCCCGGCCCUUCCUUCAACCCCGGCCCUUCCUUCAACCCUGGCCCUUCCUUCAGUCCCGCCCCGUCCUACAGGCCAACCCCGUCCUAUGGUCCUGCUCAGUACAGCUUCGACUGGGCGGUGAAUGACGCUCCCUCCGGUAACGACUUCGGCCACGAGGAAACUCGUAACGGUGACAACACCCAGGGGUCGUACUACGUGCAGCUUCCUGAUGGUCGUCUGCAGCGGGUGACCUACACUGUCAACGGCGGCUCUGGGUACGUGGCCGAAGUCACCUACCAGGGCGAGGCUCAGUUCCCUACCUAUGGUGCAGGCUCAGCCUAUAGGCCUACCCCAGUGUAUGGUUGAAAUAUACUUAUCUCCAUUGUAUGACCGAUUACGUAAAUUAUCAAUAAACCAUAAAUUAAA